AUGGAUUGUAUCUUUUUAUGUCCGUCUUUUAAUUAAAUAUUCAUCAAUAUUAAUAAUUUCUGGAGAUUAAAUCCAGAAAAUGACAAAUUAUAUUUUAAGUAAUAUUUUGAAAUAAUAGACUCUAUGUAUUUAUCGAAUGCAUCCUCCUCGAGUGGGAAAUUUUAGAGUGCUAAACAACAACAACAGGAAUCCAUUAAGGUCAAAGAAUAACAGGAUUAAACUAUUAAUUCUGAAGGGGAUCUGGAAUCUGAAUUUAAUUAGGAUGAAUAAUAUUAGAGAUCGCAGCACAAUCAGAAGAACUAGAAAUUCGAAGCAUCUGAAUAGGAGGUCGUAUCUAUUGAGGUGAAAAAGGAAAUGGUAUAGGUAGAGCAAUUGAACACUGAAAUGCAAGAGGAGAAACCUUUAACUUUGAAUUUCAUGAGUAUGCCUUCUAAUCAGAGGAAUAAUCUUCAGACUUAUAAAUCAUCAAAUAGGAAACUUGUUCCUAUUAAUCAACAUAGUUUAAGUUAAUCAAUGAUAUCAAAUAUGACUUUGAAUAAUAAAGGGGCAGGGUUUCGUAAAAUAAAUGCGUUCUAUUAUGAUAGAAUAGGAGAUUAAUUGAGUUUGAUAUUCAUGGAAAAUAAGAAUAUAAUCAAGUUUCUAGCAAGAGAGACAAAGGUGUUGAUUUUGGUUGUGCAAAAUGAGAUUGGAGAAUUCUGCUUUAUUGAUGGGAUUGAUUGCUCUAGUUAUUGGGUUAUGAUUAUGGUCAUUUGUCAAAUAAUAGAUUCUUUUUAAAUUAGGGAUUGUAUUCUGCAAAAGUUGAUACAGGUCAAGAAUGGGAGACCUUUGAUGGAGUACUUUGUAUUGAUCUUAAUGACAAUAUUAACAGAUUUUAUUAUGAUAUUUUGGGUUGGAUUCAAUGAAGAUUGGCUCUUUAUAGUAUAUGUCUAUAUAAUUGGAUUGGUUGUGUUUUUCAAUACGUUUAGAAUGAAGACAUGGCCAAGUUAGCUUUUAAAAGGCUUAAGCUAUUUCUUGUAUGAUGUCACAAUAAUUGGAUUGUUGUUGGUUUGUUUUAAACUACUGCCUUCAAUAAAAUAGUCAUUGAGAGAUCACAAUCCUGUGGCUUGGAAUGAAUAUUACAUGUUCAUAUAUGCCUUUUUGGAUUUGGGAAUGGAGAUCAUAAUGGAUUUAACGUUGUCGUUAACCAAAUUCAGUGAAUUGUAUAUUUACUAAGGUUAGUUGUUGAUAAUAGGUACAAGAGUUGGGACAUUGAUUUAAGCAGACAUGGCAAGAUUCGAUUUUUGGUUUUGCUUAUUUUUCUUGAUAAUGUUUAGGAUCAAUAACAUAUCAAUAGUAUUUACUGUAUUUUUUAGACGAUUAAUCUAUUAUGCAAGUCCGAAUAGUUUGAAACCCUAUGUAUCUAUGGAAGAGACAAAUCUAACCAGAAAGGGUAAGAAAUGGGAAGCAUGUUGGGAACAUUUGUUUUGGAUUAUCUAUUUCUAUAUGUUCAUAAUCUCAGGAAGAACCUUCACCAAUUGGGUUUUUGAUAAAUCCUACAUUUCGAAUGGGAAAUUUGAGACAAGCAUAUGGGAUGGAUAUGAGAAAUCAAAUUAUAUGCCUAUUAUUGUAUGGGCAUUUCUGUUGAAUACCUGA